AACUCGAAAUUUUGGGGUGGGUGCAUCGUACGUGCUUACCAGUGUAUAUUUGUUGAUAAAAAAGAGAUUUUCGGUAAAUAGUUUUGUGUUAAUUUAUCAUGAAGGCCCAAAAGGACUUUCAGAACAAUCGUAAGACUACAGGAAGACGGAUUAUUAGGCACCAUCGAAGGGAAAAAGACCAAGAUCAAGUGAAUGAUAUGCUAAAAUUGUGUUUGCAAAAGAUUUGUGAACUGCAAGCCGAAAUGGAAAUGGAGGAAGACGAUCAACACCACGACGCGGAAGCUGAGGGUUAUGCGGCAUGUGCGGUGGAGGCUUUAAGAUUUCUUUCUUCCCAGGGGCUACCUCCAGACCAUCCUAUGGUAAAAGCUCUUUCUGAAAAACUGCUCCGGAACAGAGACUGAACAUAAUCUUCAUUAGUACUAUGGGAAAACUAGUCAUUAUUUUUAAGCUCUAUUCUUUUAUAUGAAAAUUAAGUAAAUAAGCAUUUUAAAGUGAUAUAUUAUGUAUUUGGGAGCAUAACAGCUUGUUUGCACCGAUUGAAAAACCAUAUUGUGCUGUUGUCUUACCAAAUGGGCGUUUCUAGUCAUUAGUCUUAAAAUUUCAACUAUCUAGUCGUUUUUUGUUUGUAUUUCCUGUAAGUAAUAGUGUAUUUUUAAAUUAUUUUAGGUUAAAUUCAUGCACUGUAUAUAAAUAAAUAAAUCUGAUUUAGUAGUUUUCUA